AUGGCUGCAAUCGCCAGCUCCCUGAUUCGCCAGAAACGGCAAGCGAGAGAGUCCAACAGCGACCGAGUGUCUACGUCCAAGCGGCGCCCCAGCCCCAGCAAAGACCCCCGAUCUCUGUGUGAGAGGCAUUUCCUGGGGGUCUUUAGCAAAGUGCGUUUCUGCAGCGGCAAGAAGCGACCAGUCCGCAGGCGCCCUGCAGAGCCACAGCUGAAAGGCAUCGUGACGCGACUGUUCAGCCAGCAGGGCUUCUACCUGCAGAUGCAGCCGGACGGAACCAUCGAUGGAAGCAAGGACGAGAACACCGACAGCACCUUGUUCAACCUUAUUCCCGUGGGAUUGAGAGUUGUGGCCAUCCAGGGUGUCAAAAGUGGCACCUACAUCGCAAUGAACGGCGAAGGAAUGCUUUACAGUUCGGAGAUGUUCACGCCGGAAUGCAGGUUCAAAGAGUCGGUUUUCCAAAAUUACUACGUGAUCUACUCGUCCACUGUGUAUCGGCAGCAGGAGUCGGGCCGCGCCUGGUUCUUGGGCCUCACAAAAGAAGGGCAGGUCAUGAAAGGGAACAGGGUGAAGAAGACCAAGCCCUCGUCACACUUUGUACCCCGGCCCAUUGAAGUUUGCAUGUAUCGAGAGCCGUCGCUGCACGAGAUCGAGGAGAAGCACCGAUCCAGAAAGAGCUCAGGGACACCCACGAUGAACGGGGGAAAAGCGGUCAAUCAGGACUCCACAUAG